AGAACGGAUAUUUUGACAACAUCCACACACUCACCAUUCUGACUCUGGGGGUCUUCAGACAAGGGGGAAAGGAAAGGAAUGCCCCCUGAGAUUACCUGCUCACAACACAGGAACAUGCUCCGGCUGAAGUGAGCUCUGUGAUACUUUGAGAAAAGCCGACCACAGCAGGAUGGACUGUUUGAAGUCGUUUGGGAGGAGCCUGUCCCUGAAGAAGCCUCUGGAGCCCGAGGGAGAGGAGUCCAACUUCAACCGCUGCCUGACCACCCUGGACCUGGUGGCCCUGGGUGUGGGCUCCACUCUGGGAGCCGGGGUCUACGUCCUCUCAGGGGAGGUGGCCAGAACCUCCGCAGGCCCCAGCAUCAUCAUCUCCUUCUUCAUCGCCGCCAUGGCCUCCAUCUUCGCCGGCUUGUGCUACGCCGAGUUCGGGGCCCGCGUCCCAAAGACAGGCUCCGCCUACCUCUACAGCUACGUGACCGUUGGAGAGUUUCUGGCUUUCAUCACUGGAUGGAAUCUGCUGCUGUCCUAUGUCAUAGGGACGUCCAGCGUCGCUCGGGCGUGGAGCGGCACGUUUGAUGACCUCAUAGGGAACGUCAUGGGCAACUUCUUUGAAAAGAAUGCCCCCAUGGGUCUACCAGGCCUGGCUCCCUACCCAGACUUCUUUGCAGCUGCUCUCAUCAUGUUGCUGGCAGGUUUGCUUGCCUUCGGGGUCCAGGAGUCAACGACCGUCAACAAGGUCUUCACAGCCAUCAACAUCCUGGUGUUGUUGUUUGUCAUCAUCUCUGGAUUCAUCAACGGAGACCUCUCGAACUGGAACAUCAGCUCAGAGACCGUCCUGAACGCGACGGCCGACUUCAUGAACCUGACCUCCACAGAGAACCUCACCAGUAUCUAUGGAGAUGGUGGGUUCUUCCCCUUUGGUUUUGAUGGAACCCUGGCCGGCGCUGCUACCUGCUUUUACGCAUUCGUGGGAUUCGACUGCAUUGCCACCACCAGUGAGGAAGUGAAGAACCCCCAGAAGUCCAUCCCCAUAGGCAUCGUGGCGUCGCUGCUCAUUUGCUUCCUGGCGUACUUUGCCGUGUCGGCAGCUCUCACCCUCAUGAUGCCCUACUAUCUGCUGGACGUGAACAGCCCACUGCCUGUCGCCUUUGAGUACAUCGGCUGGGGUCCUGCCAAGUACGUGGUGGCCGUGGGCUCACUCUGCGCCCUCUCCACCAGCCUGCUGGGCUCCAUGUUCCCCAUGCCCCGCGUGUUGUUCGCCAUGGCCAGAGACGGCCUCAUCUUCAAGCCUCUCAGCAAGGUCAGCAGCCGGCAGAGCCCUGUGGUGGCCACCAUCUCCUCUGGAGUCGUGGCAGCAAUCAUGGCCAUGCUGUUUGACCUGAAAGCCUUGGUGGAUAUGAUGUCUAUCGGGACCUUGUUUGCCUACACCCUUGUAGCUAUUUGCAUUCUGAUUCUGAGGUAUCAGGAGGCGCAAGAAGAACAAUUAGAAAUAAAUGAAUCAAACUCUAAAUUUGGAUGUCUGAAACUUCCAUCCUCUCCAACCGCGUCCACUUCAAAAACCGUCACGAGCUUGACAGUGUUUUGCACUGUAUGUGUCAUCGCGCUCAGUGUCCUGCUGACCAAAGCGAUAGACGCGGUGACUCAGAAGCAGGUGUGGAGUCUGGUGUGUGUCUCCGUCAUAAUCCUCCUCCUGGUCGUCACCAUCAUCAUCAUUUGGAGACACCCACAGAACCCCACCAAGGCAGCGUUCAUGGUGCCCUUCCUACCAGUACUGCCGGUGGUCAGUGUGUUUGUGAAUGUUUAUCUCAUGGUCCAGUUAGGAGGGGAGACCUGGAUCCGAUAUGCCAUCUGGAUGUUAGUGGGGUUGGUCAUCUACUUUGGUUACGGGAUCCACUUCAGUGUUCAGAAGCAACGCUUCAACUCCAACCAGAUGACGAUCCAAACCAUCUGUGGCAAAAAAGAUAUGGACAUCAUAAAGGAGGAGAAGUUUUAAUGUUUGGCAAACGUCGAAAGAGAGCAAGUUUCAGAUGUUACAGUGAUCCAUCUCGUUUGUGUCCCUACUGUACAGUCAGUCUGGCUGAGAGCCAGACGGUUUCAUUGUCUUUUCACAGAAAAAUGGUCAAGCUUCCGAGCUCCGAAGCUAUGUAGAACAAUUUCACAAUGUAUUUGUACAUAUAAACUGUAUUAGUGCAUCGUUUUUAAGAAUCUGAAUCUAAGAUUUCAUUAUGAUCCGUGAUGCCUUAUUGUUAUAUGGCUACAUUUGACAUGCCUUAUUUGAUAGGAAACUCUCAAAGAUUGUUUUAAGAAUGGUUUGCUCUUGGUGUUUAAAGAUUGGAAAGAUUGAGAGUUUUUAAUGGUUGCACUAGUGAGGGGUUUCAUUUAAAAGUCAAGAUACAUUUGAGAACUGGGAAUAUUCAUACUAAAGCAACGAGGUCAGAUGUAAAAAGGGCUUUCUUCUUUUGGUUGGUUGAUAAUUGUUAUAAAUGUAAUACACUUUGACAAAAGUAUAUUCCAUAACAAAAGUCUUUACUGUAAAUACAAGUAUGCAGAUUGAAUGAUAAUUUCCAAAAAAUGCAUUCAAAAGUUGCAAAGUUUGAGACUUGGAGAAAUAGAUGGUAGAUAAAGCUCUCUUGAAAUCAAACAGUAUUUUUCUAGUUUUAAUUUCCUCGCAUAGAUGCCUGGUUGAUAUUUUGUUGUUUUAUAAUGUAAAUAAUAACUGUACAUACUGUCAAUAUAUUGUAAAUGGACCCCUUAAUAAACAACAAAUCAAAUGUC